UGUGGGUAAUGCCUUCACGAUGCAUCCACUCCAGUUUCGCUUGAACAAGUCAGCUGGCUGUCUCACGCGCAGCGCAAGAUAUUCACCAUUAACCAAGCGCAAUGUUUCGGUUCAGCUGAAUCUCUCUGAUAGUUUCUCAUGAUCUCUGCUCGGAUGAACAUGAGUCGGAGCGAACAUUCGUUGCAGGCUCUGUCCUGGAGAAAGCUUUAUCUGAGCAGAGCCAAACUCAAAGCGUCCAGCCGCACGUCUGCUCUUUUAUCCGGUUUCGCAAUGGUGGCCAUGGUGGAAGUUCAGCUUGACAGCAAUCACGACUAUCCACCAGGACUGCUCAUCGCUUUCAGCGCUUGCACCACUGUGUUGGUGGCCGUCCACCUGUUCGCCCUCAUGGUGAGCACCUGCAUCCUGCCGAACAUCGAAGCGGUCAGCAACGUGCACAACCUUAACUCGGUGAAGGAGUCUCCUCACGAGAGAAUGCAUCGCCACAUCGAGCUGGCCUGGGCGUUUUCCACAGUCAUUGGAACGUUGCUCUUCCUGGCCGAGGUGGUCCUGCUGUGCUGGGUCAAGUUUUUACCCAUUAAGCCAAAGGAUCAGAAAAACGGUACUAUAUCCGCCGGGGUGGCCGCUGCAAUCACAUCUACCUCCAUCAUGGUGCCUUUCGGCUUGAUUUUUAUCGUCUUCGCUGUGCAUUUCUACCGCUCGCUGGUCAGCCACAAGACCGACAGGCAGUUUCAAGAGUUAGAAGAGUUGGAGGACUUACAGAAUGAACUGGACCAUAGAGGGGAGGCGUCUACCUUACAGUCUCCCGGUUCCCUUUACCCCUAGUUUUGAGCUUCUGUUAAUGUUUUAGAUUUGUCAAGUGUUGCAACACAUCGUGAUUUUGACCAUGGUAUUGAUCUUUGUUGCAUGUGGACACCAAAGCGUCCAGUUUUAUAUGUGUUGAGGAUUUGUACACCGUUUCUGCUAGAUUUAAUGAUAACAGACUCUGAUAACUGUGAAAGCAUGAACUACAUGUUUUAUGGAUAUUUUGUUUUAAAGUGCCACUAUUAUGCUAUUUUAAAGAUACCUAAUUUUAGGUCUACUACAACAGUUUACAUGCAUCCAGGGUUGUCAAAAGUACCGACUUUGUUACCAAGUCGGAUCUGAAACUUUAAAAAUGUGACGAUACCAGCAGUUCCCACUAGCAUUUUGAGCGCUGUUGAGCGGAUUCUUAAACACCUAUGAUUGGCCAUUGUGUUCACGCACUCAACAGAUACAUCUUUGAUUAGCUACAAUGAUGGCUAUUGUAAAUAGACACCUUUUGACGCUCUUCUCCGAGCGCUUACACAGAUACACACGGGAGCAGGAUCCUAAUAUAUCUGCUGAUAGAUGGAUCUGCUGAUAUACGCCUGCUUUCAAAAGCUCCUGUGUGUCUGUGUAAGCGCUCUGUGAAGACUGUCGAAUAUGUCUAUUUACAACAUUUUUUGAAGCGUUGAUCAUUGUAGCCAAUCACAGACAUUUCUGUUGAUCGUGUGAACACAAUGGCUAAUCAGAGAUGUUUAAGAAUCCGCUCAAAAUGCUAGAGAGAAAUGCUGGUAUCAUUACAUUUUUAAAAUUUCAGUAGACUUGGUACUGAAGUCAGUACUUUUGAUAACCCUAAUUAAAGGUAAAAACAAAUCCAGGGUACACUGCAGCUUCAGCUCUUUUCUCACAGUGUCUGAAACGGUUUGAUAAAGGAUUCUGUCUCUUUAAACCCCUCCUUUCCCAGAGCCUGAUUGGUCAGGUGGCCCAGUCUGUUGUGAUUAGUCUAGUGCUUACAGCGUGUGUCAGAAAAACGAAAUGGGCAUUACCAUAAUCUGAAUUUCGUAUACAGAGUGAUACGAACAGUAAGAAUUGUGUUGGUUUUACCGUAAUAGAUUUGCUUUUGCAGCGCAGAAAACAAUGUCUUCUCAACAUGUUGACAACACAAACCAAACUCUACAGGCCUCAGCUACAACUAGACGAAUCAAAGUAGAUGUUAUUCGUGGGAAAUAAACCAUAGGCUGGCAUUAUGCUAAUUUGUUACAAACCUAAGCAAGUUUGUGCAGGUUCAGAAACGGUUCUUUCUUUUGGAAGAAAAUAACUCCAUCGUGCACUUUGAUCUUUGAAACUUUGCAGACCUUUUACAUUCACAAACAGCUAUAUUACACAUUACUUGAAUGGUUAUAUCCGAAAAAGCAUAAAAGAGGCACUUUAAUUUUUUCUUCUACUUAAUUCGCCACAGGGAAAAUCCUUUAUUUCAGUAUGGCAGCUGUGCCAAUUUUGUUACUUGCAAGGUUUUUAUUUUCACACAAGGCAAGCUACAUUCUUACAGACAUGAGUGUAUAUUACAAAAGUAGUUUUUUAACACUGAUCAGAGGCUGUAUUAGAAGCUAUCGCAGUGCAGGGGACACUUUUAAGCCCACUUGACCAAAUAAUUUUGAUGCGUUCUGAAUCAGGACUUCGCUGUUGAACAGCUGAAUCAAAACCAAAAACAUAGUCUUAUUCAUACUGCAUUGUUUUCUUAAAUAAAGCCCCCUGCAUGAGCAGCACAUCUUUAGUAGAAACAAAGGCACUUUAUCAACAUGUUUGUCUGACCUUUUUUGGUAGUAUUUGAAACGGCUUCCUAUUAAAGGGGCCUCUGUUCAUUCUGAGGUUUGGACGCCAGUACUUAGAGCUGUCAUGGCUGAAGAACUGGCAGGAUUGUACGAUUAUGCUAGCAAACGCAUUUUAAACAGUGUUCAUUAAGCAGAGGACCGUUUAAGCAUAUAGUUGCAUCGGUAGCAUUGACAAAAAUUAUCAAAAUGGCACAUGUCGGCGUUUAAUUAACAUGUUGUUUUGCCAAAUUGAAAUACAAUGAUUUUUUUCUAAAGUAUGUGAAAUAAAAUUCAUGUUGUGGAAACAGCUCGUGUAAAGGUUCAGAAGCUCUUUUUAUUAGUGCACAGCUUGUGCUAGAAUUUGAAAACCCACAUUUUUGUACAUUUUGUUUAAAGUCUUAAUUAAAUCAACUUCAACCAAA